AUGGAGGAAGGACGCGACUCUCUCAGCGAGGAGGAGAGCACUGUCAGGUGCCCGCCAAACUCUCCAAUCCCUCCUCAUCUUUCAGACAUAUCGUUGCCGCCCCUGAGGCCCUCACCACACCUCCGCAGAGUUGAAAGUCUCUUGAAUCUGGCAAAGGCGGACUAUCAUUCGUCCUGCAGGCGAUCAAUGCCCAUGGAGGUAGAACUAGCUCACUGGCACGGCGCAUCAAGGCUUGACGUCGCGGCUGAGAACUCAGCAACCACUUCGAAAGCCGCUUCAUCCCGUCGAUUUAUCCCACGGAGUUCUCUCGAUACCAACAUCGGCCAUACAUUCCGUACGGAAGCCAGCUCCUCGUCCGCGCUGCCAACCCCAAGCCAGCCAGCUCAACACGAGAUCGUUGCGGCCGGCAGUCCACACACCAAGACGCAAUGCGAUGCAACGUUCAGGCAGUGGAGGUUCGAAUUUGGACGAUUCAUUACCGAGUACGACAAGUACAUGCGCAAGUCAUCCAAUACGCUCGACCUGCCAGAAGUAAGGGAAUUGGAGGUGCUGCUUCCGGUACUGACGGAGUUUGGGAACAUUGGGCUGCGGUACUGGUUCGACCACCUGAGGCUGGAAGACGAGGCGCAUCUGGAAAAUGGAGGAAUAAUGUGGGAAAAGAGCGUCGCACCCUCUGCUGAAGAUGACAUACCGGGCACUGACAACGUCGAGAGCUGCACCCUGAAUGACGGUGUCGAUGCGACCUAUGAUCCCCAGGGGAAAGGCAAAGAGGUGGUGAGACCACCAGAAGUCAACAUUGUCGCUCACGACGGGGUCGACCGAAAGGACUGGGCGGUGGAAGCCGAACGCAAAGCUCGCCGCCUGGCUUCAAAGUUCUCGUCGCCCGACCCGUCACCGAGCCGUGGGCAGGAGAAGAGCACGCCACUUACCUUGGAGCAGCUCGAAGCUCUCAUAACAGCCUUCUCGGAAGCCCGCGUCUUCACACGCAAGCUUGGCAUAACCCUGAGCAAGGUCCGGCACCAGCAGGCACAGCACCCGCGCGCGUACCUCCUUCGCGAGGGCGUCACCUUUGCCCAGCUGCUCGCCGCGUCCGACAGCAGCAGCGCAUCCCAGUUCUCGCCGGGGAGCCCACGGCCUCCAUCUCGACAGGUCUAUGAUCCCUCUCCGCCACGAUGCAGCGGCAGCGGCAGCUUCAGCUACCCCAAGUAUGCUCGCUACGCUCGCCUGCUGCCCGAGGAUAUAUCCGCCCUCCAGAACACACUCAUGAGCCACUGCCCCCUCGCAGGGGCAGCUCUGGGACUCGAUCUGGCCCGGGACCAGUAUUCACUGUUCUACGAAAGCAUCGACGCCGAGACGCAGGAGCGCUACAUCGAUGUCCUGGCCCCAGACCCAUGGCAUAUGUCGGGUGCGCUACCGGUGCCCCCUGGCAGCCCCGACGGGUGUGUCCCAGCAACUGGAAUCCAAGGUGUGCGUGGCAGAGGUGAAGCUCAGCAGCCAUCGACAAGGAUGAAGAAUCACAUGGACAGCGACGACGACGACAACAAGAAAGAGUCUGCGAAGCAGGCAACGGCCAAAGAACCCCUCGCGGCGGCACUGUCGGCCCUCUGGGCCUCGGCACGGCUCUCGCUCAUCAACAAGGCCUGGAGGGCAGGAUUCGUGCGCGACGGCGACGCACGGCGCAAGUUCGGCAAGCUCCGGCGGCGGAUGGAGGUGCUGGCAGACACGUCUCACAGCACUUCGUAUCCCAGGAUCGUGGCGGAGAAGGCGAAGACGAUGGAGGAGGCGGCCUCACGAGCUGAGGUCAAGGGGGCGGGAGGUCGCGACGGCAUGGUGCUGCUGUCGCUUGUGGAUACAGAGUGUAGGGAGGCGCUGGGGUGGUGA